UCAGUUCCCGGAGUGCCUUGCGGCUGUAAUGGCUGCCCCCAGCCGGCGCGCGGCUACGCUCUUUGGGGCGGUGUUAAGGGUCCGGCAGUUGGGCCCCGAUGCCGUGAGGGAGUGGGGAGCCCGGGUCUCCUCGCUCUUUGACUGGCAGCGGAGGUGCGUGUCCUGUUUCGCGGGCUCCGCUUUCUCUGGUCCCCGCCUAGCCUCUCCCUCUCGCCGUUAUGGCCAGAGCUCAGCCUUGGACCGCUUCCUUGGACUCUCUCAGCCAGACGGUUCGUUGACUUCUCACCCUCCCGGCGUGUCCAUGCACAGAGAUGAGCAGGAUCUCCUCUUGGUCCAUCGUCCCGACAUGCCUGAGAACUCCAGGGUCCUAAGAGUGGUCCUCCUGGGUGCCCCGAAUGCAGGGAAGUCAACACUCUCCAACCAGCUGCUGGGUCGGAAAGUGUUCCCUGUCUCCAAGAAGGUGCACACCACUCGCUGCCAAGCUCUGGGGGUCAUCACAGAGAAAGAGGUCCAGGUGGUGGGUACCUGCAAAGGAAGUCCAGCAAACUGGACAGCGGGUGAACUUAAGAGGGUCUCCCUUACAGUUAGACCUGAAGAAAAUGUUAAAUUCACUUUUCUGAGGGAAGGGGGUCUCCUCUUUCGUUAGGCCUAGUGCAGUUCUCUCUACUUCCCCCCUCUGGCAUCUAGUCAGAAAGAUCUCAUUCCCUCUUUAAUCCUUCCUAAUCUUUCAUGUAUUCACAGUCAUCAUCUUUUUCUUGGAUCCUAUCUAGAAUUAAAACAAAACUGGAGGGUAAAAAUCUAAAGUCAUCCUGGCCUAGAGUGGGUGCAGGCUUCUGACAUCAAUGGUGGCCUUUCUCUCACCCGCCAGUUAUAAUCGUUCCAUCU